AAUUGUUUAUAAUGAAUAAUGCUAAUUAAUUAACAUAAGGAUUAAUAUACUAAUUGAGGAAGAAGAUUCCAGAAUCGAAAUUAACAUCGUUUAUUCAGUAACAAUCAGAAGGGGAUGUUCUUGUUAAUUAUCAAACUUACUCCACAGGACAAAUUUCUCUGAUAAGGACACGACAAAAAAUCGUUGAUGCGUAAUUUUGCGAGAGAAUUGAAACGUGAAUAUAAGCAAUAUUCUUUUUCCUUUCAAAUUUAUCAUAAAGUGAUUUAACGAGGCACUCCACCGAGAAAAAAUAAAAUCGUCGAGCGAAUCACGAGAUCGCAAUGAGUUAAAAGAGAAAGAGAUAAUGACUAUGAAAUGGAGAAAUCGUCAUUUUCGGAGCGAGAGAGAAAAAGGCCAACCUUCAACCCAUGGAACGACGCGCAGAUUUUAACACACGUCAAUUCAAACGUCGAUCGUACAUCUGAUCUCGCUCAUAUGAGACUAUUUGAUGCGUCCACGAUGCCGUCGCGGAUCUACAAUCGCAAUCCCAGGGAUGUCGGGAGUCAGAAUUAUUAUAAUACCGCUGAUAGAACGCUGCCUGAUUAUCUGAAAGACAGCACCGUCACCCCGUCGUACUCCAUCAACACCGUGCACUUGCAAAAUCCUUACAAGCCACCCCAACGACUGGAGGGAUUCGACACGACCUACGAUCACACGAAGGAUAUGUAUCGCUCGCAAGAUUUCACCUUAAGAUCGAGAUACAAUAAUUUGUUCCCUAAAAACGACUUGAGUAUGAAGUCGUUGGGGAUGAAUAAAAGUAGCGAUCGAGAGAAUGAGAAAGCUGAAAGAUCGAAGAUCGGGAAAAAGCAUAAAAAAUUGGCAAAAAUAGGCGAUAUUGCCAAGGAAUAUUGUUCGAAUAGCAGUCUCCACGGUUUGCGUUACGUUGGUAACUCGGAUUUAUCCACUGUAGAAAGAGUAUUUUGGAUGAUCACGUUCACCUCCGCGCUGACAGUGGCGAUAUAUUAUAUUUGUUAUCUUUAUCAGAAAUGGAACGGAGCUCCCAUCAUUAUUGCUUUGAGCCCCGAGCCCGUUCCUCUCAAUGAAUUUCCGUUUCCCUCCGUAACUAUAUGUAAUAUGAAUAAAGUCAAGAAGUCUGAGGCAAAACGGAUCGAGCGCGGAUCUGAUGAUUUGGAAAAAUUAUUGAUGGAUGACAUUUGCAAUUCGGAAAAUAAUAUAACUUAUGACGAUCAUCAGACUAUAGAUUUUAAUAAGAUGCUGCGAUUUAUGAUCAACGUAUCCCAGCCAUGCACAGACAUGCUAUAUUAUUGUCUUUGGCACGGGAAUCAGACUGAAUGUGAGAGAAUUUUUAAUCCUACUAUGACCGACGAGGGUAUUUGUUGCAAUUUCAAUUCGGUGAACAAGAAACAUCUCUUCUAUAAUGCACUCGAAUGGCCCGAUCUGAAUAUUUCGUAUCCAUCUGAAAGUGUAGAUUGGAAUGCUGAAAGGGGAUACAAUGCGAGUAUGCCAUCGGAUGUUAUACCAUGGAGACCAUAUGGUGCUGGAUUGCUUUACGGUUUGACUUUGGUUCUUGAUGUUGAUAUGGAUGAAUAUUACUGUUCAACAACUGCUGGUGCAGGCUUCAAAAUGCUGCUCCACAAUCCUGUGGAGACACCAAAAGUCGCCGACUUCUCGUUCUCGAUCACACCGGGUGAAGAGACUCGGGUGAUCAUAAGGCCACGGAUAUCAACUGCUAAUCCAUCGAUAAUCUCCAUACCGCAGAGGAAGCGGAAGUGCUUCUUCACAUCCGAGAGAAAGCUACGUUAUUAUCGAACGUAUACACAGAGGAACUGUAUUUUGGAGUGUGAGGCGAAUUUCACGCAACAGCUUUGCGAGUGCGUGCAGCACUACAUGCCAAAAUCGUCAAACACACCGAUCUGCGGUAAAAAAGAUGAUCCAUGCGCCAAACGUGCCAGACGAGCCAUGGAAGUCAAGCUUUACGAUGAGGAUUUAACGAAUUCCAAUGUUACAAAAAUACCAAGCUGCAAUUGUUGGCCAGGAUGCUUCGAGAUCAAUUACAGGAUUGAACUCUCACAGAAUAAACUGAUACCGACUUUCCAAACUGCUAAACGAUACGUGAAGAAGAACAUGAAUUAUUUCACGGAAAAUAUGGCAGUAGUUCAUCUGUUCUUCGUAGAUUCCCAAUUCACGAAACACAUAAAGAAUGAGCUCUUUGGAUUCACCGAAUUUCUGUGUAGGUAUCCGACUUUUACAACUAUUGAAAUUAAUUAUUAUUGAAAAAGGGAGAAAAAAGAGAAAUAUGAAUGCAAUUUACAGCGAGUACAGGAGGCUUACUGGGCCUCUUCAUGGGCUUCAGUUUUCUAUCAUUCAUAGAAUUAUUGUACUUCUGGACUAUGCGGCUGUGGUGCCGCAUAAUCAAUCAUCAUCGGGCAAUGCAGAGAUCCACUGUGCAGACACAUCCAGACGAUAGCAAGAAAAUGAUCUAUCCGUUCACAAACUGAAUUAAAUGCAGAUAUUAUGUAAAUAGUGACUUAUCGAGAAAAAUAUCAUUUGCAGAUGCAUUGGAUGUAUUAUUUUUAAUAAAUUAGAAUAUUGAUCAAUCCAGUCAUCAGAAUAUAGUUAUUCAUUUCAAUGGAAAACAUCAAGUUUCUUAAUUUCGCACCAACAGUUGCUCAAAUUAGUAAUUUGGAAGUUACCUCGAAUUAAUUACUUUCAAAUAAAUAAAUCAACUUCUGAAAAAAGAAAUACUGUAAAGUAUCAUCCUUCUAUCCUUAAUUUCUAUUUCUUAUCUAACAUACAAAACAUCUUUCGUACGUUACGUCAGAAUGACUGGAAUUGUAUCGACAAUUAUGAUAAUGAUCGACUGUCAGAACUUUCAAGGUUUCAUAGCGGAGAAACGCGCCUUAUACAUAACGACAGUCGCGUUUUCAUCGUCACGAGUGACCGGAGUAGCGAAUAGGGAUCAUGUUCGCGUGUCUGUGACACGGAAAUUUCAUUUCGGUACCACGCCGGCGUCAACAGCGGAUUAAUGGAUCGCGAGAUGGUGUGACAUACAUUUCAUUGACGAGGCCGAAUCUCGUCGUUGAUUUGCAAUCACGGUUAUCACUGUCAAUUCGGCCAAAGUAUCGCGAGGUCAAACCAGGAUCUAAGAAAUAACACGCAACAGAGAAGGAGAGGGGAGGAGGGGGGAGAGAGAGACUUCUUAUCAUGAAAUCUCCAAUUUGC